UCCUAACAUCUCAUAUAUAUAUUGGGAGGAGUGAGGAGGCCUUUAUUCACAACAAAUCAUAGUCUGAGCAUCCUUACUUACAGCAAAUACACCACACAGUAAACACGAAAUGAGAGGGCUCAUCCUUGUCUGUCUCUCAGCUCUUCUUGCUUCAUGUUAUGCAAAGAAAGAAUCCAGGAUCGAAUAUGUUGGGAGGUUACAGAGAGAUCUGUUUCAAGAUUAUGAUUCUGAGAUUAUUCCUCUGGCUGACAGCCUUGACGGAGAGACUGGGUUGAAUGUUUCGGUUGGGCUCAACAUGGUUUAUAUGGAUAUGACUGCCGAAGGACAUCUUGAUAUGAACCUGUGGCUGAAGACCUCAUGGAUAGAUGAGCGUUUAGCCUGGGAUCCUAAAGAAUAUCAUGAUAUUGACUCCAUCAGAGUUCCAGCUCAUAAUAUCUGGAUUCCUGAUCUAGAGGUUUAUAACAAUCUAGGAUAUGGAUCAGAAUAUAUCAAUGAUGUUCUGAAGUCCAGGAGUACCAAUACUGUUAUUAUGUCUAAUGGUUUGGUUAUCUAUGUUCCUGCUGCCAAGCUGACUGUUCCAUGUAAUGAUAAGGAGUUUGCUGACUGGCCGUGGGGAGAAUAUGAUUGCUCCAUCAAGCUGGGAUCUUGGACUUACAGCGGAUAUUUAAUUAAUCUACAAAAGUGCGAGGAUAAGAACUACAUCACCAAUGAAUCUGUGGAAGAGGGCAUUUCCCCAGUUUUCUUCACAGAGAACUCGUUCCAGGAGGAAUCCUUGAACAGUGAUUUUUAUCCUUGCUGUCAGGAACCAUAUCCAGCUCUUCAUUACAAGUUCAAAGUUCAGCGUGGAUUCCAAAUUGGAGCAGAUGGCAAGCAAGAAAACCCCUCACCAGUUCCAGCCUAUAAACCAGCAAAAAACUAAUUAUAUUGAAAAUUUGAAAAUUUUCUCUUUUUUGAUUUAAUAUUUCUCUCUUUACAUUAAUUCUAUAGAAUAAUAUUUGUUUAAUCCUCUAUGCAGUAUAUGUAUGUACCAUCUUCAAAAACAUUUCUGUAGAUUUUAAAAUUUUACGAUUAAAUCAGGAAUAAAGGUAUCUUCAAAUGA